AUGACGCGAGCUGAGCGUGAGGCAGCAACCCGCGGAAUCGGGCCGGGCUCGGCCGGGACAACAACAAACUCCCCGCGGUGUGCCGGUGCUGGACUGCCUGCCGCUCCUCGUUGCGGCGACCCUGCCACCGCGACACCGCGACGCCGCGACGCCGCGCUGCAAGUGGCGAUGACUCAAUUAGGCCGCUACGCGCCACGCGGACAAAGUGUGUGUGUGUGUGUGUGUGAGUGUGCGUGUGCGUGUGUGUGUGUGUGUGUGUGUGUGUGUGAGAGAGAGAGAGAGAGAGAGAGAGAGAGAGAGAGAGAGAGAGAGAGAGAGAGAGAGAGAGCGGCGGGCUGGGCUGCAAUUUCACUUCGAUCGGUCCGCGUUUUGCCGGUGAUUCUCCACGCCGGGCCCGUCGUCGCUCGCCAUUCCGGGACUGGCUGGCAACACGGCGGGUGACAACGUCGCGACGAAAAAAAAUCCUCCCGGGAUUCGAACCCGCAGCGCGGCCGCUGAUGGUGACUGCGGACGAUGGGGACGUCAGCGGCGAUUUCCACGUCGACGAUGCUCCGUCCGAUCUGCUGUGGGAAGCGCUGUUGGACGACUCGAUACAAGAGGCCGCGUCGCAGGAGGUGGUUGACGCCGUCGACAGCGGCGUGGUGCUGGCGGCGGUAGUGAUGGCGGUGCUGGCCGUGCUGUCCCUGGCCAUCGCCCUCUCCUUGCGGCCCUCCAGGGCGCCGCGGAGCGACGGAGUCCGCGCCUCGCGCCUCGGAGUGCACGGAGUGCACGGAUACACCGCCAACCCGCACCGGAAGCAUUCCGCCGCGUGA